AAAUUUCAGGAUGAGAGGAUUAUCGUUUAUUCGACAGUUAUUUUCUCAUCGACAAUUGCAUAGCUCGUUACUAAGGCAGCAGACGAUACCAAUGGUAGUCGAUCAGGAUGGUCGUGUUGAAAGAGUUUAUGACAUUUAUUCACGGCUGCUCAAAGAUCGUAUUGUUUGCGUUAUGACACCGAUAAAUGAUCAGGUGGCUGCUUCCGUUAUUGCACAGCUUCUCUUUCUACAAGGUGAAAGUGCGAAAAGUACUAUUAAUAUGUAUAUAAUGUGUCCUGGUGGCAGCGUGACUGCCGGCUUAGGUAUUUAUGACACGAUGCAGUAUAUCAGUGCUCCAGUAGCAACUUGGUGUAUUGGUCAGGCUGCAAGCAUGGGUAGUCUUCUGCUCUCUGCCGGUGCGAAAGGGAUGCGCACAUCGUUGCCCAAUGCUCGCAUAAUGGUUCAUCAACCAAGUGGUGGUGCUGAGGGCCAAGCAUCUGAUAUUUUGAUUAGAGCCGAAGAGAUUGGUAGGCUCAAAACACGGCUGAACAAAAUUUAUGCAAUCCACACAGGACAGGAUAUCAAAAUAAUUGAGGAAGCAUUAGAUCGUGAUAGAUAUAUGAGUCCGGAAGAAGCCAAGCAAUUUGGUAUAAUUGAUCAAAUAGAAGCUUCUGCAUUUGAUUUGUGAUUUUGGUUACCAUAAUUUUUCAUUGCUAUUAUAUAAAAUAGUGUUUUUUUGAGCACUAACUGUUGGUCCAGUCAUUCAUUUUUUGAUUGAUGAAAUGCUAGUCCUGGGCAGCGCUUUUUGAAGGAAUUGGUAUUUUUUCAUUGGCGGAUGAUCCUCUGUAAAUAUUUGUUUUCGCUCGCGAAUGAUUGAAAUAAAAUUCACCAAC